CCUCCAAAUGUUUCUCACGCCAACUUCAACUCAUAAUCACUCUCCUAUUUUCUCCCUCCACCAUUACCCCCAAUUUCCAAAACCCUAAUCCAUCAAUUCAACAAUUUCACUUCUACGUAAUGGCCGGUCCCGUCACGGAGCUCAGUCCCUCCGGCAAUGCUGCCAUACCGCCAGGCCGUAGUGUCCGCCGGAGAUUGGUCCAAUCGACUCUCUUCCCUCACAAGCCACCAGAACCCCGCAACAAACCGGAGGAAAACACCGACAGUGGUGACGAACAAGACGAGGAUUACUGCGACACGAAGAAUCGCAGGAAGAGAAAAUCCAAAGCUAAAGUUACUCCCGUAGCAAAAGGUUCUAAGAGUGCCACACCGAAGAAAAAUGCAUCUGCUAAUGGAAUUAUGGCGUCAACUUCACGGAAUGUUUUGGCUGAUUUCGAUAAGGUUGUUAUAUCCGUGCCUGAUUUGCGGUUAGAGGCAAAAUUGUCAGCUGAGGAAAAUUCCAGGAUGUUUGCUGGAAGGCAAGUACAUCCAUUUUUUUCAUCAUUGAAAGCAGGGAAGAAAGUUCAGGAGCUGUCUGAAUCAGGAAGUAAUUUCUUCAAAGCUAAGAAUGAGGAUGAAAGGAUUACCUGUGGUCCUAUUCAUGUAUUUGAAAAUAUCAAGGACGACACCUCAUCCCUUGACUGGAGAAACUGGACAUUUUUGGAAAAUACCACCUAUGUGAGUUGCGGUUUAGAAAGUUCAAAUUCAUCUGUUUUGGAGGGUUCUGUCGGAUGCUUAAAUUUUGAUAAGAUUCGUGGUACUUUGGAUCCACUGGGGGAUUCAAGUUUUCAGAAUGCCUCAACUUCUUUGGAUAGAUAUUCUAUAUGUCCAGAAAAUCUGUCAGAAACAUCACGGACAAAUUCAACUCCAGAGGAGCAAAUAAUAAGUGCUCAGAUGCCAAAAGAUGCCAAAAUGGACUCGGAGGCGGAUGAAUUUGUUACCUUUUCUGUACAAGCUGGCUAUUUUCGAAAGUCACAUUCAGAGCCGCUGAAUAGAUUUCUUCAAGAAAGUAUGAGGCCAUACUACGUUGGUUGUGAAGAUAAGGCAGAAAGCAGCUUAUGGACGUACAAAUACAAGCCAACUAAGGCUGUCGAGGUAUGUGGUAACGACGAAGCUGUGAAUUUCUUGAGUGACUGGCUACAUCAGUGGCAUGAAAGACGUUACAAACCCAGGAAGGAAACAUCUAAUAGAAAUACAAGGGUCAUGUCAAAUGAUGAUGAUGAUUUUAUCUGUUAUGACAGUGACAAUGAUUCAGAAGAUAUGAAUGAAGAGGAUUCCCUGCAGAAUGUUCUUUUAAUUACAGGGCCAAUAGGGAGUGGCAAGUCUGCAGCCGUCUAUGCUUGUGCCAAAGAGCAAGGGUUUGAUAUAUUAGAGCUCAAUGCAUCGGAUUGUAGAAACGGAACUGUUGUCAAGCAGUAUUUUGGAGACACUCUUAGUUCACAUGGGUUCAAAAGGUCAUCAGACCACACUGUGAGCUCACAGAAGAUAACUACAAAGUUGCCCCCAGCUCUUGCUUUGGUUAAUGGUAAAGCUGCUGAUGAGGUGAAUGAUGGAGUAGUUGAACUGAUAACGGUAUCUGAUGAUGAAGCUCAUAGCCCUGGUGGAACAUCACAAAAGUUACUUGGCAAGAAUAAUGUUGUUGCAUGUGAUAAAGUCCAAACUUUAAUCCUGGUUGAGGAUGUGGACAUCCUUUUUCCUGAAGACCGUGGAUGUAUUGCUGCCAUACAACAGAUUGCAGAGACAGCAAGGGGGCCAAUUAUAUUGACCAGCAAUAGUGAUGAUCCUGGCCUGCCAGAUAAUUUUGAUAAGCUUCAUGUUUCAUUCUUAUUGCCAUCGCCAAAGGAGUUGCUUUGCCAUUUGUACUCUGUUUGUCUCACUGAAGGAGCUGACAUCCAUCCUCUUUUACUGGAAAAGUUUAUGCAGUCCUGUGAUGGAGAUAUCCGAAAAACCAUUAUGCAUCUUCAGUUCUGGUUGCAAAGUAAAAUAUUUAGAAAAGGGAUGCCCCCCCUUUUUUGUGCAGCAGAUGGAAAAGCACAAACAAGCUAUGGCUCACUUCCAUUUGAUCUUGAGGUUGGUCAUCAGAUACUACCAAAGAUAAUGCCGUGGGGUUUCCCCUCAGAGAUAUCUGAACUAAUUGAGAAUGAAUUUGUCAAAUCCGUAAAUGUAAUGGAAGAGAAUUCCAGUUUGCAAGAGUUAGUUGAGGAAAAGCCUCUUCACAUAAACAAAAGGCAAAAUGAUUUAGAUGAGCAGUGUAUGGAAACUGAUUAUAUAAAAGCCAAGAAGGUGGAGAUGAUUAAGAGAAAUGGGUCAAUAACAGAUUACUGUGAGCUUGAAAUUCAAUACAGAGCCAUUUCUGAGUUUUCAAAUUCUUCUGGAUUGCCUGUAGCAUCCUACCUGCAAAAUGGUCGAAGGAAACUUGUAGUAAUGUCCUCUGAUUCUGAGGAUGAGGAUUCAAAUAUUCGACAGCCUCUAGACACAGAUGAUGAAGCUAACAAGAGACAUUCCUUCAAAGAAAAUAAUGAAUGUACCUCUGAGUUUCAGUUGAAUGAUAACUGUCCCAGCACAUCUGUUCGUAAACUGGUUUGUUCUGAAUUGGAGGAUUCAGAUGAGGAGCAUGUUAAAUAUUCAGAAACAGCUGAUGUUACAUGCAUAAAUGAGACAUCUAAAUCAUUAGAUAUAUCUUGUGUACCAGAAUCAACAUUUGUUCCUGAGACUACAAUAGAAGAUGGAACAGAGACAAUGUCUGGAGCGGUGUCUUCUUGCCAUGCUCUAGAAGUUUCUAUAAAUAAUGAGUUGAAACCAUUCACUUCAAGUGUUCGCAGGCGUUUAGCAAAACUGUCACAAAAUUCAGAUAUGUUGAUGGAUACUGAAAUGCCAGAUUAUUCCCCAAAAGAGGCUUUGCAAGAUUUUAUAGAUCAAAAUAUGGAAACUACAACUAUCAAAGUGAUGGAUGAGUGCAGUCGCGUAGAUUUCAAGCUAAAGUCAACAUUUGUUGAGUCAAGUCCAUCCAUGGAGACAGAUUUGGUACAGAAUUUGUGGAAAAAACUUCGUCAAAUGGAUUUAAGACAGCAUGCUAUCUCAGAACAGCUAGGUACUUCUCAAGUUGUUAAACUUGCUAGUGGGAUGAGCAAUCUAAUUUCAGAAGCUGAUUUGUUUCACAAUUACCAACAUAAAUGUGAUAUUUUGGGGCCCCAAAUGUUCGCGUCUAAUGAAGCUACAUCUAAUUGGUAUAAUGAGGAAACAAUGAUGUCGACCGUUGCUGUGCAUGGAUUUUGUUUUUAUGCUAAACAUAUAGCCGAUGUUGGAUCAAAGUUGGGUUGUGCGAACAGGAUUGAUUUAACUUCUGAGAUGUUGGCUUCCACAACUAACACUAUGGCAUUGGGGAAAUUAUCCAGACAGGGUCUCAGCAAAAGCACAGUUAUUUAUACUGGGAAGGAAUUAGAGUUGAACAGCCCAAUAAAUAAUAUGAAGAAGAGUGAAAAUAAAGCAUCUGUGUUCGAGGUUGUCCAAUCCAUUGUUCCUGCGAGAAUAUCCUUGGCACUGAAAGGUGAUAUCUUCAAUGAAUAUCUAUCUUCAUUGCGCCAAAUUUCAAGGUCAGAAGCAGUCCGUGUUUCGCAAGGUGUUGAAAAGAAGAGAAGAGGAAGGUCGCGGGGUUCUCAACAUUAUUUGAGCAGAUGUACAAUGUUAUCUCCUGAAGAUAUAACGUUGGUCAGUGACGGUGAUUUGUACAGAAAAAUCUCUUCAGAAUAUACAACUAACUUGGAAAGUAAACUAUUAUAGCAUAGGUUUAGGUUUAAUAAUACAGCUAUUGGUUCUCUGAUAUAGCAUCGGUAAAUGGCUGCUAUAAGCAACUACAGAACGCCCUUAUGAUUGCCAUAGGUUAAGCAUGUUUGAAAAACUCAAAAUACGCUGUCACCGUACAGCCAUGUAGAAGCUUUGAUUUGUAGCUUCAUAAUACAGUGAAGGGACGAGAGCAGCUAAAGACCACGUAGUUUGUUUUUGCCAAUGUUGAUGUCUUUGGGUUGAGAUUGUAAAUUAAAUAUAGGAGAAGUGGUUGAUAAAAAGUCCAGGAGUAGGCAUUGACUUAAUUCUUAAAAAUGAUUUACUAAUCCUCUUUUUGUAAAGGUAAAUCAUAAAUGAGUUAUUAUCUCUGUACACGAUCGUUGUUGUUUUUGGCUGUUUCAUGUUUAUGAAACAGUACAACAAAAUAACGUCGCUCAAGUGAUUGAGUUCCAAGGCA